GUCAUGCGCAGUCGCUUCCCUUCCUAGGCGAUAUCCGCUGCGUUGCUAAGGAACCAACGUGCAUAGCAACGCUCAGCACACGGCAGACUUCUCUUUAAAAAAAACGCGUAGAGUUUGAAAGUAAAAAUAAAUAUAUGCAUAUAUAUUUAAGAACCGGAACAAGGUCUACAACGCCAUGGCGAACCCCCACCGGACAAACGUUCUGGUCACGUCGUGUCUCAGGACGCCGGUAGACCCGCACACCAGAGCGCCGUUAGCUUCGUACGAGCGGCGCAGAGCGCGGCCGAACCCGGCGACUCGUCGUCAGGGCAACCGGGAGCUGGAGUACGAGGACUCAGGCUCUGAUCUCUGUGAUGAGAUCUACGCGGGGAAGGGAGGUCCUGGCGCUACAACGGACCGUGCGGCAGCCGGAGAGCGCCUCGACCUCAGCGAGAUCUUCUUCUCCAACGAGGAGUACUACAGCAAGCUGGAGGAGCUGAAGAAGGCCCACCUGCGCACCAUGGCCGAGCUGGAGAACAUGUAUCGCAGGAAGCUGCAGCUCAAGGCCAUGGAGACUCUGGACCCGACGCUGCUGGAGACACCUGGGCACAGGCCCCCGCGGUGGGACAGCAGCCCGGCCGCUCCACGCCGUUUAAGGAAGUCCCACUCUGCUGUGGAACUCAGGAGGGCCUCCGGCAGGUCGGACUCCUCCUCCUCAGGAGAAGAAGAAGACGCCGCCGCCAUCAACAACGCGGGAAGCGGUCUUAUUUUCUCCCCUAAAGAACACAUCAAGAACAUGUGGCGCGACUUCAACCUGUCCCCUCACAACCGCCACCUGUUGUCCUCCUCGGUGCGCAGCCUGCCGCUGGGGACGGACCAGGGGUCCCCGCGGGGGGGGGCGGGGCGGAGGAGGCCCCCGCGCGGAGGCCCGGGCCACGGACCCACCGUCCCCAAACCUUUCCAGAUGACGCAGCGCCAGGCGGAGCGGCGGGAGCGCGGCACCGAGGCGCGCGCGGCGAUGGAGCGGGAGAACGCCGAGCUGCGGCGGCAGCUGGAGGAGCUGACGGAGUGCCAGAGGAAGUUCCGCGCCGGCCCCGUGCCGGCUCACGUGCACCUGCCGCUGUACGACGAGCUGCGGGGGCGCGGGGAGGAGCGGCGGCGGGCGAGAGAGCUGGAGGGCCGGCGUCCUGGAGCCGCCCAGAAGCCCUUCAGCUUCCUGGAGAGGGAGCGCCUGAAGAAGGAGCAGAGACAGCUGCAGCCCCCCCAGCCGUCCGGCGAGGAGAAGGUCAAACCCUUCAGGGCCAAGCCCGUGCCCAGGGCGGUGUACGCCGCCGCCUCGGGGGAGCAGAUGAAGGAGGAGCAGCUGUACCGUUCCAUCAAGAUACAGAUGAGAGCGCAGGAGAUGCUCCACAGCGCCGCCAUGCCCCCCAGCAUGCUCGCCAGGCGGCUCAGCGACCGCAAGAAGCCCGACGUGGGGGGGGGGAUCAGAGCAGCCCUCGGGCCUGGGGCCGGCUCCGACCCCAGCCUCGCCCCGGUUCGGAGGUCCACCUCCAGCCGCUGCUCGUCCCUCUCCGGCAGCCUGGAGGUCCUGCCGACCAAAGACACGGACGCCAGCAAGAAGCGCGAGGAGGCCGUGAGAAAGCUGCUGGAGCAGAGGAAGCAGGCCGAUGAGGAGGAGGAGCGGUGGAGGGAAAGGCAGAAGCAGAGGGCGAAGAAGCUCCAGCGGGUGGUGUUGAAGCGGGCCCAGGCCAACGACCCCCACCUCGCUCUCUCGCAGACACAGCCGACCAAACUCCGAGAGUUCAGGAAACAGGAGCUGCAGCGCAAGAAGGAGUACCAGCAGGAGAUUAAGGAGAUGCAGCAGAGGGUGAAGGGGAGGCCGCUGCUGCUGGAGCAGGUCACACAGAGGAACGCCAAGCAGGCGGCGGUCAAGCGCUACACGGACGCCCUGCGCGGAUGUGACCUGACCGAAGAGUUCGUCAGCGGCGCCGCGGCGGCGACGUCAGGAGCCGCGCGCAAAACCUCCAGCUCCAGCGACAGCGGGCCCAGCGAGCCGGAGGAGCCGGACACGGGAUACAAACCCGUCCACUACAGAAAGGUCCUCCGGGCCGACAGCAGCGCUUCGCCGAACCGCGGCGAGGGAGGCGGGGCCGCCAGCCGCCACUCGGACGGGGAUGGCCGUGACCACGGCGACGACGACGACGACCGCCAAUCAGAAGAGAGCUACUCAGACGAUCAGGAGAAUUAUUCAGACGACAGCGACCACGAAGCCGGCGCCGCGCAGCAGGAAGCAGGGGAGUGAUGUCAUCGUGUUUGAGAACGGGUCACGUGAGGAAGGACACGAAGAGGAGGCUUGUUAUUCCUUAAACGAUAAGAUGUUUUAUCUUAUUGUAAAUAUUGCGCUCACCAGAAUGUGACAUCUUUAACCUGAGGUAUUAAACAACCUUAAACUAAACAUUACUUUAUUCAAUAUAAUGUGCAGUUAGUUGAGAUUUUGGAAGCUUUUCAAUGAUUUUGCUUCAUUCAUGAUGUCAUUUUGCAGAAUGUGAAGCAUUGUGUGAUUUCUUACUAAACGCAGUACUUUUAUUUUAUUUUCCCUGGUGGGAUAUUUUCAGGUUAGAAUAAAAGUGACAGGUGUCACUUUAGGAAGUGAUUUUUACAGUGAACGCAUUGACUUGUGAAGCACAGGUUCAUAUCAUUACGCCACACUAAUCCUAUAGAGCAUUUAAUCCAAACCUUUUCCAUAAUAUGCCGUUUUAGCAUUUAUUUUAUACUAACAGGAGAUUAUAUUUUACAUGCAAUAAAAAACAUCAGAUCAUGAGAUGAGAACAUUCAAACUGUCACUUACGUUUUAAUAAAUGUAAAUACAAAAAACACCAGGAGGUGUGGAUUUAUUAGAUUAGAAUGUAAGUAAAAUGCAGCACAAACAUUUCAAUCCAGAAACCUCAUAUGUAAUAGUAAAGUAUAUGUAGCUGGUAAUACUUAACUAUACAAUAUUUUCCUUUUAGGGGAGUAUUUCCACAGUGUGUUAUAGUAGUGUUUUGGGACAUAAUGCAUUAACUCAAAGCAGCUAAAGUGAAUUUAUUCUUAUGAAUUUUAGUAUUUUCAGCGUUAAUUUAAAUGAAUUAAAGUUAUGAGAGACAAAAACAUGCUGAUCUGUCAACUGUUUAUUAUUGUACCGGUUUGGUGUUGCUAAAGUAAUAUUUGUUUAAUUUCCAUGGCUUUCGGUUAUUAGGGACUUGAAAUAAUUGUGUAUUUCAACGUGAUGUCCGAUAGGAUAUAUAUAUGAGUUCACAGAAAUUGAGUAAUAUUUAUUGUUAGAAAUAUUUAUUCAUUGUUUUUUUGUCACAUAACAGUGACAAUGGGCCAUCUGCAAUAAAGCCACUUGUUCGAGAACAAUUUUAA